AAAAACGGCGGCCAACUUCCGAGGCGCCCUCAUUGCCCAGCCAGCCCCCAGCCAGCCCCCAGCCUCAGGCAGGUUCGGGCCGCCCUCCUCGCCCCGAUCUCUCCAGUCCCCCAGCCCAGCUCGCCGGGACGCUCCAGCCCCGCUCCCUCGCUCGCUCCUCUCUCUCCUCGGUCCGCUCCGAUCCGCUCCGACUCCAUGGCCAAGUUCGAGUGGUGCGCCUUGUGGGGACUCUGCCUCCUGCAGCUGAGCCUGGCGCAGAGGAUCGAUUUGAACGUAACCUGCCGGUAUGCAGGCGUAUUCCAUGUGGAGAAAAACGGUCGCUACAGCAUCUCACGGACUGAGGCAGCUGACCUUUGCCAGGCUUUCAAUUCCACCCUGCCCACCAUGGCCCAGAUGGAGAAAGCCCUGAGCGUGGGGUUUGAGACCUGCAGGUACGGGUUCAUAGAAGGGCACGUGGUGAUCCCCCGCAUCCAACCCAACGCCAUCUGUGCUGCAAACAACACGGGGGUGUACAUCCUCACCUCCAACACCUCCCAGUACGACACGUACUGCUACAAUGCUUCAGCACCAGAGAAAGAAGAUUGUGAGUCAAUCACAAGCCUGACCAAUGCCUUUGAAGGAUCAAUAUCCAUUACUAUCGUUAACCGGGAUGGUACCCGCUACACCCAGAAGGGCGAAUACAGAACUAACCCUGAUGACAUCAACAACAAUACCACCGCUGAGGAAGACUUCACCAGUGGAUCCUCCAGUGAAAGAAGCACUUCAGAGAGCUACAUCUUCCAAACCCACUUUUCGACUCCUUACCCCACCGAAGACCAAGACAGUCCCCGAGUGUCCUACUUCCCGGAGGAUACCCCCGACCCCAGUACGGAUUCAAAUAUCAUCUCAGCAGGCUGGGCGCCAACGGAAGAAAAUGAAGAUGAAAGAGACAAACACCCCAUUCAUUCUGGAACAGGCAUUGAUGAUGAUGAAGAUUUUAUCUCCAGCACUAUUUCAACCACACCACGGGUUUUUGACCACUCAACACAGAACCGGAAUUGGAGCCAGUGGAGCCCAGACUUUUUAAAUCCAGAAGUAUCACUUCAGACUACCACAAGGAUGACUGUGUAUAUAAACGUCAUCACAACAGAUGUGGUCAGAAGUGGCACCAGUGAUUAUGGAGAAAACUGGGCCCCGGAAGACCAGUCUCCUCUCAUUCACCAUGAACAUCAUGAGGAAGAGGAGACCCAACUUUCUACAAGCACAACCUCAGCUCAUGACACCCAUCCAAAUCAAAGAAUGACAACACCGAGUCAAGAGGACAGUUCCUGGACUUAUUUUUGGGACCCAAUCUCACAUCCAAUGGGACGAGGUCAUCAAACAGAAAGAAGAAUGGAUAUGGACUCCAGCCAUAGUACAACACUUCAGCCUUCUGCAGAUUCAAACACAGGUUUGGUGGAAGACUGGGACAGGACAGGACCUCGUCCAAUGACAACUCAGCAGAGUCAUACUCAGAGCUUUUCUACAUCACAUGGAGGCUUGGAAGAAGAUAAAGACCAGUCAAUGAUGUCCACUCCAACAUCUAGCAAUAGGCAUGAUGGCGGAGGUGGAAAUCUUCCUGAAGACUCAGCUACUUCAGUGGAAGGUUAUACUCCUCAUUCCCCAGACACUAAGGAGCACACAACCCUCAUCCCAGUGACCCCUGCUAACACUGAGUCCCCUGGAGUUACUGAAGUUACUGUUGGAGAUUCUAAUGUUAAUGUUGAUGGUCACUUGCCAGAUGAACAAGACCCCAGCCGAAGGCACCCUGCCACGAAAGGACCUGACUCAACCGGACACAACAGAGAUAGUCAAGAAGGUGGGCCCAACACGACCUCGGGUCCUAUGAGGAAACCUCAAAUUCCAGAGUGGCUGAUCAUCUUGGCGUCCCUCCUGGCCCUGGCUUUGAUUCUCGCAGUUUGCAUCGCUGUCAACAGCCGAAGAAGGUGCGGGCAGAAGAAAAAGCUGGUGAUCAAUGGGAAUGGAGCUGUGGAGGACAGAAAGCCAAGUGGACUCAACGGGGAGGCCAGUAAGUCUCAGGAGAUGGUGCAUUUGGUGAACAAGGAAUCAUCGGAGACCCCAGACCAGUGUAUGACAGCCGACGAGACGCGGAACCUACAGAACGUUGACAUGAAGAUUGGGGUGUAACACCUAUACCAUGACCGUGGAUAGAAAUCACACACAACCGUUACAGGGAGCUGGGACACUCACAGAUGCAAUGUGCUACUGAUUAUUUCAUUGGGGUUUGUUUUGUGUUGGUUUUUUUUUUUUUUUUUUUUUAGCAUAACAUUUUCUACUCCUUUUUGUUUAUUGUGCUUUGUUUUGUGAUGUUAGCUGAAUUUAUAAAAAGAGCAUUGCUUUCUGAAAUGAGGGUCCAAUGAACAAUCGACAAGAUUUUGAUGGUUUCAGUUCACACCUAGAAGCUUCCCACUCCCUGGGGUGUGCUAGCAUGGCACCUAAUAAAAGCCAUAAAUGCAUCUUUCUGAUCCUCAACCUUCCCUCCUCCCCCACCUCCUAGGUGACAGCCACAUGCUAAGGACAUCCCCACCCCAGAGCUAAGAGGAAUUGUUUCCUAAAAGGAAAUCUGAAUGGGCUACAUUGUCCAUCCAGGGGCCCAGUCCCUACGCAUUGCUUUCCAUGGGGGAAGGGGUCUGGGAUGUAUUGGUUAUACAUCCCUUUCUACAAAGGCUGUAGAAAUUUUCCCAAUGCUAUUGAGAAUGCCCAAAGGAUCAUGCUAUUUAAAUGUAGUAAGAUAUUUAUCUCUGUUUUUGAAAUAUUAAACCAUGGAGGUCCUGUAGUUAGUAGGAUUUUUGUUUUGUUUUGUUACUUUGUCAGAGGCCUAAAAAGGGUUUCAGUUGAUUCGUAAUAAACAUCUGUACUUCUUCUACUUUUGCCCUUUGUGCUGUGAUCCUUCAGGGUCUUAACCAGCAAGGUCUGGGUCUCAACAGCUCAUUAGGAAGACGUGGGAGGGUCUCCCUGAAGAUUUCAUCUCAGAACUCAGUCCCUACUCAGACCCGCUCACCGAAAACUCACAGAAGAUCCAGGAAGGCAGUUGGGUUUCUGAGGCUCAAAGACUUUCUCUCUGGUCCUACAACCAAAAUGGUGAGAGGAGGGACUUCAGCAGCUCUCCUGUUAUAAUGGCCAUCUAUUCUCUCCUUGAAGGGCUAUGAAAAGUCACAUUACAUUUGCAUGACGUACCAUUGUGGAGUCCCAUUUCACUGAUCCCAUCAGCGAUGUCCAAAAAUAAUAUGAAAGUGCCUUCUGGCCUCUUGUUAUCAAAGAGAAGCCAUGGACAUGAAAGAGCAUAGGCAGUAGCCACUGAUUGCACAGGUUGAGGAAGUAGGGGAGGGAGUAGUGUAGAUCCUGUUUGAGUAUUUUUAUGGCCGUAAUUGUUUAUACUCUAACAUUCCAGUUGUCUGUUCCCAAUGACGGUACUGCUCAGAAAGUUAAGUGCCUGGGGAAUCUCAAAAGUUUACAGGGUUUCCCACCUACUCAGAAUUAUUACCAGAUACCAGGUUUAUGUCUAAAUAAAAGAUUAAUGUCUUUAUCCUUUGGUUGGCAGGUCCUCUGUGGUCUUUAUUCACAUCUUCAGAAAGCCCCAUUCAUCCUGGGACUUCUAAAAGCUACUUAUAGAAGAGAUUAGAUCUCUAAAGUAAGAGCUCCUAUAAAAUGGGAGCUCCUUCAUUAGGCCUCUAUAAAAAGUUAUCUGUUGCCUAAACUAAUAAUAUGCUUAACUGGCAAUGUUUCUCAGAC